UUGUGUAGUGAAGAUGUGAAACUACAGUAACUCACAGGUGAACAGCAGAGCGUCAGUCCGCUCUCCUCUCCUUUCCCAUCCACUGCCGCUGCUGCAGGCAGACACUAACGAGAGCGCGGAGGAAAGCUCACGAUUCAGAACCGACCAGAAUAACCAACCGUCUGACUCCUAAAAUCACGUUUUCAGAUUCCCGAGUUGAGAAAAAUCUCGUGACUUGACCUGAAAAUCGGAUUGAAGAGGACAUGCGUAAAGCGGAGCUACAGAGGAACUCUUAAUAAAUGAGCUGAAGUGUCAAAAGGAUUUAUUUCUCUUUUCGGUCUCCGGGUUUGCUCUUGUUGGCGUGCAGGAAUGAUGCGUGCUUCACUGGACUUAUAAUCGACUUGGCUGAUGAAACACUUUGUCAACCCUUUUUUUUGUUGCUUUACUGCAACCCAGUGAGAAACCCGCAAAACAUCACUGUAGUGCAGUGGUGAUGGACCUUCGUUUUGGUAUCUUGGUUAUGCACGCUUUUGAGUCACCCUGCUUUCAUGUGAGAUGCAUUACUUCUGCUCACAAUUCCUGCUCGUUUGACUUUUUUAAAGAGCGGCGGAUGCUCCAAAUGUCUUUCCAUCAGUCUGCAUGAGGGAUGGCGACCAAACCGCACCAAGUCCAAGAGUGGUUUUCUACACGUUUGCACCUGUUCGGGUGGAUAAUGACAGUUUAUGCCACAGGUGAAUGAACAUCGGCUCAGUUCUUUUUAACAGCGAGUGUUCUGAAGCUGUUUUCUGACUCUGGCAUUCAAGAUCGAGCUUGUUGCACAGUGACAAUGGAUCUCAAAGUAGAAACCGAAGAAAUGGACGCAAAUCAACCUCCACCCAUAGAAGUUUUUGCGCACAGCUCGACCCUGCACGGGAUCUCUCACAUUUUCACGUACGAGCGGUUCUGCAUCAAACGCUGCCUGUGGGUCGUGUUUUUCUUGGGCUCUCUGACCUUCUUGCUGUACGUGUGCGUGGACCGGAUCCACUUCUACCUCGAGUACCCGCACGUUACCAAACUGGAUGAGGUCACGACCCCGACCAUGACGUUCCCCGCGGUCACCUUUUGCAACCUGAACGCGUUCCGCUUCAGCCGGGUGACGCGCAAUGACCUGUACCACGCAGGGGAGCUGCUGGCCCUGCUCAACCAGAGGUAUGAGAUCAGAGACAUACAUCUUGUGGAGGAGAGCGUUCUUGAGACCCUAAAGGUCAAAGCCGAUUUCCAUAAUUUCAAGCCGCGACCCUUCAACAUGCUAGAAUUCUACGACCGCACUGGUCACGACAUCAACGACAUGCUGCUCUCCUGCCACUUUCACGGCACCGAGUGCAGAGCGGAGGACUUUAAAGUGGUGUUCACUCGCUACGGAAAGUGUUACACCUUUAAUGCCGGCGAUGAUGGACGCCCUCCCCUCAUCACCACCAAGGGAGGUAUGGGUAAUGGACUGGAGGUCAUGCUGGACAUUCAGCAGGAUGAAUACCUGCCUAUCUGGGGAGAAACAGAUGAGACGUCAUUUGAAGCUGGGGUCAAAGUUCAGAUCCACAGUCAGGACGAGCCUUCCUUCAUUGACCAGCUCGGGUUCGGAGUGGCACCUGGGUUUCAGACGUUUGUUUCCUGCCAGGAACAGAGGCUGAUAUAUCUUCCCCCACCCUGGGGAGAUUGUAAGGUGACGGCCAUGGAUUCAGACUUCUUUGAUAGUUACAGCAUCACAGCCUGUCGCAUUGACUGUGAAACACGUUACCUGGUAGACAACUGCAACUGUCGCAUGGUGCACAUGCCUGGCGAUGCACCCUACUGCACCCCCGAGCUGUACAAAGAAUGUGCUGACCCAGCGCUUGAUUUCCUGGUGGAGAGAGACAAUGAUUUCUGUGUGUGUGAGACGCCGUGCAACAUGACCAGAUACAGCAAAGAGCUGUCCUUCGUCAAGAUCCCCAGCAAGGCCUCUGCUAAAUAUCUUGCAAAGAAAUACAACAAAUCUGAGCAGUAUAUUAAGGAGAAUCUCCUGGUGUUAGACAUCUUUUUUGAGGCUCUGAACUAUGAAACAAUUGAACAGAAGAAGGCUUAUGAAGUGGCUGGACUUUUAGGUGAUAUUGGUGGUCAGAUGGGACUUUUUAUUGGGGCAAGCAUACUCACCAUUCUGGAGCUAUUUGACUACCUUUAUGAGAUAAUAAAGUACAAGCUGUGUCGCUGCUCUGAUAAGAAGCACAAGCACAACAACAACAACGACCAGGGAACGGUCCUGAGCUUAGAUGAUGUCAAGUGUCACGUCAGUAACUUUCACUAGGCUUCUGCAGCCGCAAGGAGGGAGCCGCUGCACUCUCUUGUCUCUGAGUGGUUUCGUGGACUUCAUUGUUCAUUGCAGUUUGCCAGACUGCAGGAGCAACAGGGGAAGUGUCUGAACUGUGCCUGGUUAAGGUUUGUGAGCGACGAGAUGAAUUCAGCAUGUGGCUGAAGUCAGGAGAAGCCACACAGACAGCAGGACAGCAGAAACCAGUGAUCAACAUGUUGUGAUGAAUUAAGAAUAACUGCAUGGUCAUCUGUAAACAGCUUUUCAAGACAUAGUAACAGAUACAGUAAAUGGGGGCAUGAGCUAAGCUAAGGUUCAGUAAAUCAGCAUUAGAAAUCCCAGCUGUGUGGUGGUUUCGUCAUCUGUCAAAAAGUAGCUUUCUGUAAAAUAAUUUAUGUAACAAGUUAAUUUUUCACUUACAAAAUGUUAUUUAUUAUUUUAGGUCAUUUAAGUUUUAUUUAGGUAUUUGCAUGUCAGUACUGCACAUUCUUUUCACUUUUGUCCUUUGACGUUUGCUUUCAUCACUCUUUUGUUCUUGACUUUUUGUGCUUUUUUUCUACCAACUUUCCAUUUUUAUAUUAAUGUCAUCCAACCUCAUCUUGUGACAGUCUUCCCUUGUUAAAAACCUGAGCAUUUUGCCAAUAUACUGUACUACCUCAUUUUGCAAGGAUGACAGCGCCCUGAAGAAUUUACUAGCCAAGCAAAUUAAUAACAAAGGUAAUUUUUGUGUGUGGAAAUGAGCAGAGCAGGUUGAAAAAAAUCUGGCAUUAAAGCGAGCCCACUUAACAUUUGCUGAACAGCAGUCAUAGACCUUUUUCAUAGCAGACAUUUUGACAUGUCACAGUAGGAAAAACACAGGUAUAAAUAAUAAAAUGAAUAAUGCUUCUGCUUCAGGGUCCUGGUAUUGUACAUGGCACUUGACACUUGAAUAGAACAGAGCCGUCAUUACUGUUAUCAGUAACACCUGUGCUUUUCCUACUAUGACAAGUCAAAAUGUCUUCAGUGAAAAUGGCAGUUAACAGUUAAAGGACAUUUCCAGGAUAAUAGUAAAUGCUAGUAUGUAGUGUAACAGAACCACAAUAUUUGUCCGUAAAAUAUGAAGCUACAGCCAGAAGCUGGUUAGCUUAGCUUAGCACAAAGACUGGAGACAGAGGGAAAUAGCUAGCUUGGCUGUGUCAAAUGAUAACAUAAUCCUACAGCACCUCUAAAGCUCACAAAUUAACACGUUAAUUCUUAUUUGUUUAAUCUGUACACAACACAAAGUGUAAAAACGACAAUUUGACGUUUUAACGGACGGUGACGACAAGAUUUCUGAAAGUCACUGCGCCCAGCCAAAAAAUAGUACGGCACAUAACCCCUCCGUAAAAACCACAAUAUGUCAUUUUUACUCUUUGAUUGGAAUUUUUACCUUUGGACAGAGCCAGGCUAGCUGUUUGCCCCUGUUUCCAGUCUUUAUGCUAAGCUAACCUAACUGGCAGCUGGCUGUAGAUUUACAUUUAAUAGACUCAUAUGAGAGUGGUAUCAAUCUUCUCAUCUAAAUCUCUACUAGAGAGCGAACAUGCUUAUUUCCCAAAAUGUUGAACUUUUGCUUUAAAACACAAAUAGUAUUUUGAAGAACAUACAGUAAAUUAGUUAAAACAAGUACUUUAACACAAGACACGGAUGGAUACACAGCAACAAAACGCAAUGUAGACAAACCAUAUUAUGAACAAAUUUUAAAAGCUCUUUUUCAUGUCAACCAGGUGCUACAUUCUGUUUGAUUUCAGUGACAAUCACUGUAUACUGUAGAUCUCAGAAGAAAUUAAAAAUAUAAAGAUUUCCUUUAUUCCUUAUUUCCUGGCAAGAGUACAAAACAGACUUCAAUACAUUAUUUUAAGGGAAUGUCAUACAUUUUUACAUGUAGGCUACAUGUCAAUGCUGUUCAUCACAUUUAAGAGAAUUUACCUUUGGGUGUGUAAACAUGGCAAGAUAAAAUUAAUGAGUAUAAAUAUGUUGAAUGUGCUUUGCCAUCUUCUAGGGCUCUAAGUUGCAUGUAGCACUGUACAGAAGGCGUCGAUGAACAGUUAAUCCGCACGUCUUUGUGUCAUCAUCUGUCUGCGUGUUUGUAUAUUGUGAGCAUGUAUUUAUUUGUGUGUGUUCAUUCAGAAGCUGAUAAAGGAAAAUUCGAAAUGCUGCCCUCAUAUCCAAAACACUGUAUCUGUUAUCAGUUAGGCUGUAAACAUGUCAUGUGCAUGUUUAAGGGUUUGUCUCAUAUGCUGUCUCUAUUCAGACUCUGUUUACAAAAAUCAAACCAUUUUACAGUAUUCUGUUGGAGAUAAUCUACUAGCACCCAUUCCCAUUGAGCUCAACAGGAAAUGGAAUUGUACAGCGUGUAGAUGUGUAGUGUUAUUCUCAAGCACAAUCAUACCAUCAACUGUAAUGUAAUGUAAAUAUUGCAAUGACUAUUGAUAAUAAUCUUAUUGUAUUAGAAUAGUCUGAUCCGUCUAAUGUUGUACUCGUAAUUAUUUAAUAUAGACUAGCUGUGUGUCUCACUCCAUUUUUCUGUACAUAUGAUUGUAGAUGGUUUAUUUAUCAAAAUUCAAUUUCCAAAGACAAUAUUAAAAUAUAAGGCUAUUUCUUUUUUGUUUGUAUUGCUACAGUCACAGCUGUGUUCAUCAGUAAAUGAAAAUGAACAGCUGGAUUGUUGUUUUCCAGCAUCCACUGCAUGAGGUCAUGCGUCUCAAAACAAGUCCUCCCACCACCACGCUUUCAGGUUUUGUCAUAUUUUUGCCUCCAUUUUUAAAUUUCAAUUUUCAUUUGAGAUAUGAAAGGAUGAUUAUUUUAGUCUGGUGAUGUAUAGAUAAACAAUGAACUUGAAGUAGUUGUUAUAUUAAAGAUUAAAUGCUAACUUUAAGUAACUUUUAUUCA